AUGGGAAAAACGCAAGUAUGGGAAAAACGCAAGUAUGGGGAAAAGCGCAAGUAUGGGGAAAAGCGCAAGUAUGGGGAAAAGCGCAAGUAUGGGGAAAAGCGCAAGUAUGGGGAAAAGCGCAAGUAUGGGGAAAAGCGCAAGUAUGGGGAAAAGCGCAAGUAUGGGGAAAAGCGCAAGUAUGGGGAAAAGCGCAAGUAUGGGGAAAAGCGCAAGUAUGGGGAAAAGCGCAAGUAUGGGGAAAAGCGCAAGUAUGGGGAAAAGCGCAAGUAUGGGGAAAAGCGCAAGUAUGGGGAAAAGCGCAAGUAUGGGGAAAAGCGCAAGUAUGGGGAAAAGCGCAAGUAUGGGGAAAAGCGCAAGUAUGGGGAAAAGCGCAAGUAUCGGGAAAAGCGCAAGUAUCGGGAAAAGCGCAAGUAUCGGGAAAAGCGCAAGUAUCGGGAAAAGCGCAAGUACGGGAAAAGCGCAAACGGCGCGAGGGGGCCGGCCGGCCGUCACUCACCAUUUGUGCCGCACAGGUCAGAGCGCCGCGCCGCGCCGCACAAAGCACGGCCGCGCCGCUGUGGAGAGGUGUGGCCGCAGACCGCCACGCCGCGGAACACUCGACACGAGGGCGCGGGGCGAAGCCUCGCCCGCGAAAGUCCUUCCGACUGA